AUGCCUGACAUUGCGUUAUUUUUCUUCAUUUUUAUGGGAAUUUACUUCAUUUGGCUGAUUUGCUUUCUGAUUUAUAAGAAAUUUGCAUCAAAGGAGUCUAAAAAUAAAUCUCCAAAACCAGCGUCACUAUUUGAUCAACAGCCACAGUCGCCCACUCCAUUAGGAACAAUCUAUACUGUGACAACAGAACGAAUAGUUAAGCCAAAGGCUCCACUUGCUGAGACUUCCGAAUCACGUCCAAUCCCUCAAAUCAUUCAUUCUGCAGCAUCAGGACCAGUUAAGAAGCCACUGUCACCUAAGGAUAUAAGCAAUCCAAUACCAAUCAAGACUGCACCUUGGAUUACACCAGCUACACCGUAUCACACACCAAGUUCUGGAAUGCCAUAUCCACAAGAAGCACCACGUCAUCAUCCAGCAGCACCUUAUGCUUCAGAUUCACUCCCGAGUUACGACAAUGUCUUAAUUUAUGAUCAGAAAAAAUGA